GCUUCCCUCUGGGUCAGCUCUCUCUCCCUCCGCCUCGCCUCGCCUGCCUUCCCUUCCGGCACGUGGAGCCCAGGAGGGAGCCUUCCUGCCCCGCAGCCUCCGCAGCAGCCACUCCUCCCUCGCCCUCCAGGAGAGAAGAGACAAGAGGCACCUUUCCUUCCGUCCAUCUAGAUAUGUAUCCCUUAUAACUUGGGUCGCAAAAGCGGGGGCAAGACCCACCUUUGGGCCCCAGGUGAGCCGGAAAGAGGCUAGCGCCGUCGGGGAAGAAGGAGGAGAAGGAGGGAGUGUUGCCGCCGGGGAGCAAGAAGGACAAGCAGGAGGAGGAGGAGGAAGAAAAGGGCGCGGGCUGGGGUCUCCCUCGCGCUCCCGCGCCUCUCUUCCCCGAUGAGCUGCUCCUCCUUCUCGGCCUCGGCUGCGCUGGCCUCCCUGGACGCCCUGGAGCCCUCCCUGCCCUGCUUCCGGACCUGGUCCCUGGAGCCGGCCAACUUCUACGAGGCUCCGGGGCUGGAGAGCGCGGCGGGGCUGAGCCCUUCUUGCAAAGCGGUGGCGGCGGCAGCCGUCGAGGAUGGAGCCGGAGUGGGCCUCUCCUCCUCCUCUUCUACUCCCGCUAGUAACAGCAGCGGCAGCCGGGACUUGGCGGAGCUGAGCGCGGCGGCGCCGUCGAUGUACGAGGAGGAGAGCGCCAUUGACUUCAGCGCCUACAUCGACUCCAUGGCUGCAGCGGCGGGGUCUGCCUCGGGGCCCGGAGUGUCCUCGGUGCCCACCCUGGAGCUGUGCCACGACGAGCUCUUCCUGGACCUCUUCAACAGCAGCCACAAGGGGGGCCUGGGCGAGUACCUGGAGCUGCCCCCGCCGCCCUCCUCCUCCUCCCUGGCCAGCCUCCUCCACUCCGGCUUCCCUCCCAGGAGUAGCACCUCCGCCGUCAAGCAAGAGCCCGACUGGGAGGAAGAGGAAGAGGAGGCUUCCUUGCUCCCCUCGCAGAUCGCCGCCUGCGCCCAGACGGUGGUCUCUCUGCCGGGGCAGCCCACGCCGCCGGCCUCCCCGGAGCCCCUCCAGGGCAGCGCCUCGCCCUCCAGCUGCAGCAGCCGAUCCUCCUCCUCCUCGUCCUCCUCGUCCUCUUCUCUGGCGGGGAAGGCGCCCCGUCCCUCGGCCUCUUCCUCGUCGGGGAAGAAGUGCCUGGACCGCUUCAGCCCGGAGUACCGCCAGCGCCGGGAGCGCAACAACAUCGCCGUCCGCAAGAGCCGGGACAAGGCCAAGCGCCGCAACCAGGAGAUGCAGCAGAAGCUGGUGGAGCUCUCCUCCGAGAACGAGAGGCUCCACAAGAAGGUCGAGCAGCUCAGCCGGGACCUGGGCCACCUCCGGCACUACUUCAAGCAGGUGCCCCCCGGAGCCUUCCUCCCCGGAGCCCUCCCGGCCCCAGGACGGUAGUCGCCCGCGAGGAGGAGCAGGGAGGCCCAGGCCCUUCCCCUCCGCCUCCGGGCUCCCCCCUCUCCCCUCCCUCGAAAGCCAAUACCUCAGAGAAAGAAAGCCGCAGGGAUCCAGGGGCUGGGAAGCUCUCUAGGGACUCCGCAACAUUGGGCAAAGGGCACCAAAGCCUCUGCAGAAAAGCGCCCCGAAGUGUCCGGAGAUGUGUGUUGUCCAGAGACUGUCCACAAAAGCGCCUGGAGACUCUGCACCAAACUCUCUGGAAACUGUGCCUAAAAGUGAGCAGAAACAUUUUGCCCAGAAGUGGGCAAAAGGGGCAGGAAAGAGCCCAGUCAGGCAGUGUGUCAAAGCGCCUGGAGAGCCUGCCCCAAAGGGACUGCGAGGGGACCCUGCCUGGCUCUCCCUCUUCUUCCUGCCCUGCUCCCCAGGCCCUCCCUGGCCUUUGGGUCUGCUGAGCCAGGGCUCUUCCCCCCAAAGUGGGGCAGCCUGACUUUGGGGCCUGGGAAGCCAGACAGAGCCAUGCCCUGAGAAGGUGGUGUGCCUUUUGCAGGUGCCUUAGUUUUACUUUGGAAAUGGGUUAAGCUUGGGUCUUUCAACUACAAAACUUGCCAAAAAAAAGUGGAAAAAAGCUAUUCUUUCUUCCUAAAUUAUUAUAAUUUUUCCUUUUUUGUAAUGAGACUUUUGUUGUUGCUGUUUUUCUACAUCUCUUACGGACGCAGCUACGGUACUUUGUAAAAUAUCCCUCCCCACCGCCGCCACUGCCCCAAAGAAAUGAUUUUCAGACUUCUGGAAACACUUUAUAUUGUAAACCGCAAGAGGAAAAAGAUAAUAAGACUGAAUAUGCUCAGAACUUUUAUAUAUAAGAUUUUUACAGCAUUUCUAAAAACAACAAUAAUAAUAAUAAAAAACAACCUUUGAAAUGUA